GUUGUCCUGUCUCUAAGNAGCCUCGACUCUCAUCUCUUUGGAAAAGGCCCUCCUCUGCCCUGGCCUUUGAGGUACAAGAUAUCCUUGGGGCUAGCGUCUGCAUUGCUAUAUCUUCACGAAGAGUGGGAGCAUAGCGUCAUCCACAGAGAUAUCAAGUCGAGCAACGUGCUAUUAGACUUCAAUUUCACACCAAAACUGGGUGACUUUGGAUUAGCGAGAUUAGCAAAGCAUGAACUCAACUCGAAAACACCUGGGUUGGUGGGAACUUUCGGGUACAUGGCUCCUGAGUACAUAAGCAGCGGUCGGGCGAGCAAGGAGUCAGACAUAUUCAGCUUUGGAGUGGUUUUACUUGAAAUUGUGAGUGGGAGAAAGUGCUGUGAUCAUUCAGGGAAGGGGUUGAUAGAGAUGGUUUGGGAUGCUUAUGGGAGAGGAGAGGUUGUUGAAGCAAUAUUGGAUGAAAAAUUGCGAGAGGGGUUUGUGGAGGUAAGAGAAGUGGAGCGUUUGAGCGUGGUUGGGCUGUGGUCUGCUCAUCCUGAUGCUGCUCAAAGGCCAUCCAUAAAGCAAGUGAUUCAAGUUCUUAGUUUUGAAGAGGCAAUGCCUAAUCUACCCAAACAAAUGCCUCUUCCAACUUUUUGUCAGCCUUCCCUUCAGUUUUAAAUUCC